AUCUUUCAAAUUUGAACUAUGGAGAAUGGCUGAAAACAAUAGACCUACCCGGCCGAACCGCAAUCACCUUCCUUGGAGCAUUCAACAAAUUCACGAAAAUUCGCAUCAAAUUGCUAGUAGCGCAACACAACAUAUACAUGAACUUCAAGAUUUAGUGAUGCAAGGUUUGAGUCCAUUGAUCAACACAGCAUCUGGUGCCAAUCAUCUACAGUCAAGGCGAAUCGCUGAUCCUCAUUCGCUAUGGUUUGAAAGUCCAGAAGAUAUCAACCUUACUACUCCUAGGAAUUCUAACAUGAACUCUGGCAAUAACAUUGAAAACUUUGUAAUUGAUAUGGAAUCAGUUGCUGCAGACUCUUUUAACCCAGUACAUAACCCUGCUGCAAAUGACAACUUGCCUAAUUUAGAAACAAAUGAUAACACCAGAUCGAGUGAUAAUGAUCAAGGAGUUUCUGCACUUAGAAAUUCACCUGAGCUUCAAGCUAUCAUUGCUUUUGCAGAAAAAUAUAUGCCUUUUGUGUUGAUUCUGUUAUUAAAGCUGAUAUUUGAUCAUAGAAUUGGUAUUUUGGUUAACCUUGGAUUAUUUAUAACUUUUUGCCAUGCAAAUACUGUUGUUAAAAGAGAAGUAUCUCGGCAGGGAAAGCGCCGUUUAAGAAAUUUAUGCUUUGUUCUCGUUAACUUAACAACAUCAAUUUUGGUUAUAUACACUCUCCUUGCCGAUCGCUCAUUAGCAUACGCAUUGAUCUUUGUGCCCCCAUACUCUGUUCCAAUUGAUUUGUGGGAUGUAUUAUGGAUAGUGUCUGUGACUGAUUUUGUUCUUCGUUUGAUUACAAUUUGUGUCAAAAUAGUCUUUGUUUCAAUUCCUACAAAAAUACUUGCAUGCCAGAAGAAAGGCAAAUAUUACCUUUUCACUGAACGAUCUUCACAGCUAUAUCGUACCAUAAUUCCAGUGCAGCAUUGGCUAUAUUUUUUCUCAGAAUCUUAUUCGGGACCAAGUAAAGUUUUUGGUGUUAUACUUUCUGCUACUUAUUUGAUUUUCAAAUUUAAAGGAUUCAUUAAAAAGUUCAAGCUUUGGAGAGAAACGUUGAUGAAAGUUUUACAGAGCAAAACUUAUGGUGUUACACCUUCAACUAAUCAAAUAAAAGAAGCUGGUGAUGCAUGCCCUAUAUGUCAAGAUGAUUAUAAAUCUCCUUCAAUGUUGCAAUGCAAACAUAUUUUCUGUGAAGAGUGUGUUGCUUUAUGGUUCGAUCGUGAACGCACUUGCCCCAUUUGUAGAGCACAAAUUGCUGAUGAUCCGACUUGGAGAGAUGGCUCAACUACAUUGCUACACCAGAUUUUCUAAUCAGUAUUGGCAUUUAAAGAUUGCUAUAUAAGUUUAUUAUUUAGUAAAUAUUUCCCAAAAAAAACGUGGUUUGUUGGCCAACAAGUUUAUGUAAAUAUGUGUACAAUUAUAUUUUACCUACUGUGAUAAUUAGUAUAUCAUUACUGUUAUUAGAUGUUACUGAAUUUAAGUAGUUUAUUUUUAACUAAUUAAACUUAUUUCUUUUAAUUUCUAAUUAUCCUUUGGUUAUUUAUUUUAAUUAUUGUUGAAAAUAAAUUUUGGUGGGUAAAGUCAUUUAUAUUUCGAUUUUUGUAAGUCACAAAUCAAAACCUUUGUUGCUCAAAACUUGUGAAUUUUUCUUUUCUUUUUUAAACCUGGAUAACUAAACUUGAAUCAGUAUUAAUCUGUAACUAAUGAUUUGAUUUGUAAAUAAUGAAUGAAACACUUUUUUUUAUUUUAUAUUUACCUUAUGCCAAAAACAAAUUAAGAUUAUUAAUUAAUAGAAAUUUAAUAAUGCCCAAAUUAAGAGAAUUAAAUUUUUAUUAAAUUAAUGUGUAAUAAAAUUUAAUGUUUACAGUCUUUGAAGACAUGUAAUGGUUUCAUCCAGACUAAGUAAAAGUCUGGAGUCUGUUGGACAACUGUUUUAGUUAUCUAAGUUACUAUUUUUGUGUGUGGGAUAGUAUAUGACAAUCCUGAUAGCUGUGAUUCAUUAACUAUAAAUUUAUCUUUCAAUCAAUACCAACAAUCAUACAUUUUUAUUACAAAUAGUAAUUUUUUUAUGUUAAAGUUUAACGAUAAAUGCAUGGUAUUGUUACUUUACAAAUGCAAUAAGAAAUAAAAUUCAGUUUUACUAAUUGAAAGAUUUUUACAUCACUGUUGUAUAUAUUUGUUCUAAUCCAGCUGUUAGUGAGUGUAAAAAGCAAAUUACAUAGCUUGUUUUAUACGUUAACUGUAUAUGUCAAUAAAUUCUAUUGUUGUCA